GUCAAUUAUCUAUUUUCGCGGGCCAUACUUUGAAGUGUUUAUCAAGUACGCCCGCGAGACUAACAGUGGUUGUUAAUUAAGUUAAAUAUGCUGAGAAGAAUAGUUUUGAGGAAGUUCUUCCCUGCUGCUUUAUGGCAAAGAGGACAAAGGCAUCUUCAGACGCUGCCCAUGAUUGAGGGAUUCAGAGGCGUCGUUGGAAACACCCCUCUGAUCAAGCUGAACAAGCUGAGUGAGAGUACUGGGUGCACCAUUGCUGUGAAGGCAGAGUUCAUGAACCCUGGAGGCUCAGUGAAAGACAGAGCUGCCCAGUACCUCAUCAAGGAUGCAUUAGAAAAAGGUGCACUCAGUCCUGGGGGCACAGUGGUGGAGGGAACAGCUGGUAACACAGGAAUUGGUUUGGCUCACAUCUGCAAUGCCCUCGGCUACAAGUGUGUCAUCUUUAUGCCUGACACACAGUCCAAGGAGAAGAUUGAUGCCCUUGAAGUACUUGGUGCUGAUGUGAGACCCGUGCCUGCCGUUCCUUUUGACAACCCCAAGAACUAUAAUCAUCAGGCUAGAGAAUAUGCCGAGUCACUUGACAAUGCAGUUUGGACUAAUCAGUUUGACAAUACAGCUAACAGGAGAGCUCACUUUGAGACAACAGGGCCAGAGAUUUGGGCACAAACAGACGGUAAGGUGGAUGCUGUGACAUUUGCUACUGGGACUGGUGGAACAUUAGCUGGUGUAUCAAUGUUUUUGAAAAGCAAGAAUCCAAAAAUCAAGGCAAUCUUAGCAGACCCUGAUGGCAGUGUUCUUUACAGCUACUUCACAAAAGGCAAACUUGAAAGAACUGAAGGAUCAUCUAUAACUGAAGGAAUUGGCCAGGGUAGAGUGACAAAUAACAUGCAAGGAGCCCCAAUAGACGAUGCUCUACACAUCAAGGACCCUGAUGUGGUGGCUAUGACAUUUUAUCUCCUUCACGAGGAAGGGUUUUUUGUGGGAGCAUCGUCUGGGUUGAAUGUUGCUGCUGCUGUACAGGUUGCUAGGAAAAUGGGUCCAGGACACACUAUAGUCACAUGUCUUUGCGAUAGUGGACAGCGAUAUUUUGCAAGACUUUUUAAUCGAAAGUGGAUGGAAAUGAAAGGAUUGGUGGAAUGUGUUCCAGAACAGUACAGGUGCUCACUGCGGUGAUUUCAUAUUGAAUGCAUUUUUAAAGACUUUACAUCUUCAACGGUGUUGUGCUAUUUUUGUACAUGGAUGUCUAUAUCAAUUAUUUCAUUAGAAAGAUGUAAUAAUAUAAUUAUGAUAUACAUGUAUCGUAUUGAGUAAAAGUAUGAACUUUUGGGCAAGACAAAAA